GUGCUCUCGCGAAAGCAAAUGUCUGAAGACGUUCAGCAAACGAACUGUAAUCUGUGUGAAUAGCCGUGUGGUCGUCAGUUCACAGGCCCAUACGGAGUCUGGACCGCAUUCGUUCCGUAUACAGUGUGAAUCAGGUGUUUACAAACCAUUGCUCAAAAUUAAUUUUACCUUAUCUGACCUCACUUGUUUCACGCGGGCCAUCCGUAGAGCGACCGCGGGUUCCGGUGGUUGUUUGUGACCAUGGACUACGAGGUAUUCAUCACAGAGGUUCAAAACCACACUGUUCUGUAUGACACCUCGCACGCUUUUUAUAAGGACAACGCCAGAAAGGAGAAGGCAUGGAGUGAAGUAGCAGCAGUUCUGGGGUGUACUGCCAACGAUUGCAAGACUCGAUGGAGGCAGCUCAGAGACUCCUUUGUAAGACAUAAAAAAAAAACAUCCCUCCCAGGUAGCUCAGCUGGGGCGUCCCAGAGAGACUGGAAGUAUGCUGACUUGAUGUCUUUUCUCAUCCCAUUCAUCCAGCUAAGAAGCUCUAAAAGCAACUUGGGCUCCAUGCCCACGUCAGGGGCCGUUGAGGGUGAAGAGGCUGGUGAGGGUGAUCGGUCAGAGACCACUUCAUCACUAAGAUCAUGUGCUUCUUCACCAAUUCCUCCACUCUCAGUGACCCCAGUAUCAGUGAAGGUGGAAGGUGUUACCAGGUCUCGUAGCCCCAUACAGAGAGCGCCACGUCCUGGGAAGGAGACGACAAAGAAGAAGAAGACCACACACAUUUUGGAUUUGGAGGACAGACUAAUGGGUGUCCUACAAGAACCUCCUCCCAAACCAGACGUGCCCAUCACAGAACAAGAUGAGGCUUAUCAUUUUGCUCUGAGCACGGUCCCCCUCUUAUUAAACCUGAACAAAAGUAGAAGGCGACAGGCAAAACAGGAAAUAACCAGGAUCCUUGAUCUACUUAACGAGGAAGAGGAGGGGGAACAUCUAGCUGCAUCUCAGCAUUCUGUUGGGUUCUGAUCAAAACUUCCACGGACUGUUUACAGGUGGUUCAGAAUGGGAUGUUUAUAUUAAAAGGCGUAUAAAAAAUAAAAAAAAACUUUUAGGCACCCUGGAGUCACAUCCCAGCAGCUUCACAGGAUUGCUGAUGGAUUCUGGGGCAUCCACAUUUACAAAAUGGUUAUGUGGGUGUUUUCCACCCCCCUGUAUGAAAUGUGUUUUUAUCAUUUGAUUAGCGUGCUUUUGUAUUAUUCCACAUUGCAAAUAAAGAGUGUUUCAUAAAA